UCACAACUCACCAUUUCAUUCAUAUUUCAUUCUUCGAUUUAUGUUUGCCACUCUUGUUUACAUUUUUUCUCUGAAAUCUGAAUAUUGUAAGUGCAUUGUAGCUAAAAGUGGUAAUGGUAAAGUGAAGAACUUCGUAUUACAAAGAAAAGCGAUAAAACUUGGAAAUUACAAGAAAUAGAAGUAAUAAACAGAUGCUUAAAUUUAAUAAGGUUUAGGCAUUAAUGCUAUGUAAAAAAGAAACUUUGGCAUACUGAAGAAUGACUCUUUCAGUCUCAAUGGGAAACACUUAUUUGAAUGUUCUGGUGUUCAUUUGGAAACAGUGUGAACAUCCUGGUUCUUAAUGUUUUAAACCAAAACAUUAUUUCCAAAAACACAUUUUCAGUUGUACUGAAAACUGAAGACCUUACACUGUCAGAUCUAUCACUUUGCCUGGGUGCACCUUAAGUUUGAUCAUUAUAUCUGAUAGAGAUAGAUCUGACAUCUUAAAAGCAAAUCAUACAAGUAAAAAUUUUGCACAGAAAGAAUAGCUAUGUAUGAAGGAAGUUCAGAAGAAUUAAUGAAUGAGAAAAAAGAAGAAAAACAAGAGGAAUAUGAAAGUGUAGGAGGGGGUCUAAGCGAUGCCCAAAGAGCGCGCGCCGAACGCAAUCGACAGCGAGCGCGCGUCUUGCGCGAAGCACGUCUGGCACCGCCGCCGUCGAAGUCGCGAGCCGUCGUCACCGUCCAACCGAGCGUGGACUCUGGCGGAGGUUUUCUGCUCGAGGAAAAGGAGACGGAGCCGAAAGCUGUUCAGCCGCCUGCUGCGCCCCUCGUGCAUCGGUCGCAGCAACCACACUGCCUCGAAUGCCAACGGCCGUUCCCACAGUCCUAUCUCUUUGAUACCUUUCACUACUGCGUCUGCGACGACUGUAGAGACGACGACGAGAAACAUGCGUUGAUAACGCGGACAGAGGCGAAGGGCGAGUAUUCACUGAAGGACUGCGAUCUCGACUCCCGGCCGCCGCCGCUGCUAUGCGUGCGUCGCCGCAACCCACAUCGCGCUCGCUUCGCCGAGAUGCGCCUUUACUUGCGCGUGCAGGUGGAGCAGCGAGCUCUCGAGGUGUGGGGAUCCCAAGAGGCGUUGCGAGAGGAGCAGGAGUACCGCGCUCGGCGGCGUGAACGGGCCGCCGCGACGCACGAGCGGCGACGCCUUCGAGCCUUACGCAUGGACGUGCGCUCCAGUCUGUUCGACCGCACGCGAGACACGCACGAGCACGAGUAUGGGCCCGAACGUCACAACCCUGAUGACGAUGUCUAUGAGCGCGCCUGUGAGUGCGGCCAUCUGCUCGUCUACGAGAAGAUGUAGUCAAACCACCAUAUACUGUAUAUCAAUGUUUGUAAUAAAAAAAUAAAGCUUAUAUUAUGGAUCUUA